CUACAUUUCCCAGGGGAAGGCGGGGCGGCUGGCGGUGUGGGGGCGGAGUCUUGCGUAGUGUACAGUCAUCCUGAGCCCCUCAAGCCGGGACUGUAAUGGCCGGAGAGAUGACGAUCUUAGGUUCAGCUGUUUUAACUCUCCUGUUGGCUGGCUAUUUGGCACAACAGUAUUUACCAUUGCCCACUCCUAAAGUGAUUGGGAUUGACCUAGGCACCACAUAUUGUUCCGUUGGAGUGUUUUUUCCUGGCACAGGAAAAGUGAAGGUGAUUCCAGAUGAAAGUGGGCAUAUCAGCAUACCCAGCAUGGUGUCCUUUACCGACCAUGAUGUGUAUGUGGGAUAUGAGAGCUUAGAGCUGGCAGAUUCCGAUCCUCAAAACACAAUAUAUGAUGCCAAAAGAUUCAUAGGUAAGAUUUUCACUCCUGAAGAGCUCGAGGCUGAAGUUGGCAGAUACCCAUUUAAGGUGUUAAACAAAGAUGGAAUGGCUGAAUUUUCUGUGACAAGUAAUGAGACCAUCACCGUUUCCCCAGAAUAUGUUGGCUCUCGACUGUUGUUGAAAUUAAAGCAAAUGGCCGAGGAAUAUCUUGGAAUGCCAGUUGCUAAUGCUGUAAUUUCUGUACCAGCAGAAUUUGACCUAAAACAGAGAAAUUCAACUGUUGAAGCUGCUAACCUUGCAGGACUAAAGAUCUUGAGGGUAAUAAAUGAACCCACAGCAGCAGCUAUGGCCUAUGGUCUCCACAAGGCUGAUGUUUUCCAUGUCUUAGUAAUAGACUUAGGAGGAGGAACUCUAGAUGUGUCUUUACUGAAUAAACAAGGAGGAAUGUUUCUCACUCGAGCAAUGUCUGGAAACAAUAAACUUGGAGGACAGGACUUCAAUCAGAGGUUGCUUCAGUACUUAUAUAGACAGAUCUAUCAAACAUAUGGCUUCUUCCCCUCUAGGAAAGAGGAAAUCCACAGAUUAAGACAAGCUGCGGAAAUGGUCAAAUUAAAUCUGACCCUUCAUCAGUCUGCUCAGAUAUCAGUAUUGCUAACUGUGGAGGAAAAAGACAGAAAGGAACCUCAGGAUGGUAACACUAAACAGCCAAAGGACAAACUUACCCCAUCAGAUGGCUACCAUCUGAACAGAGCAUUUGGACCUGGCCUUUCUGAAAAGAAAAGUGGAGAAAAUCAAGUUUUAUUUGAAACAAAAAUAUCCCGGAAGCUCUUUGAUGCCCUCAAUGAAGAUCUCUUUCAGAAAAUCCUCAUGCCCAUUCAGCAAGUAUUAAAAGAAGGCCACCUAGACAAGACUGAGAUUGAUGAGGUGGUUUUAGUUGGGGGUUCUACUCGCAUUCCUCGAAUCCGCCAAGUCAUUCAAGAGUUCUUUGGGAAGGAUCCCAACACAUCUGUAGACCCUGACCUGGCAGUGGUGACAGGAGUGGCUAUCCAAGCAGGGAUUGAUGGAGGCUCUUGGCCUCUGCAAGUCAGUGCUUUAGAAAUUCCCAAUAAGCAUUUACAAAAAACCAACUUCAACUGAAUUCUGGAGCAAUGAUGACUAUUUGUGAUCUUUUCCCUUAACAGACCACUUGCUCCAAAAAAGAAAAUCUCUAAAGUGUCUCAGAGAUUUACCUACAAGGUAACAUUUACAUGUAGGAAAAUUUUACAUAACAUUUUGUUUUAGAUUAGAAGAGACCAAAUUGAUCCUAUUUGAUUUUGGAGAGGUCUCAUUCCAACAAGUACUUCAAAAAUGUUGGAAUUGAGGUAAAACUUUCCACAGGAACAUAAGUAGCUGUAUUUUCUGGAUUCUGAAAAUAGACAACCAUAUGUGUUUACCAUUAAAUAGUGCCAAUUGUAAGAUAGCCGGUUCUUACUAAAUUGUAUUAGUAAGACUUGGUAAUUUCUUUACUUGCUUAUCACAUUUAACUUAAUUUGGUCUGUACUUGAAGGACAGUGUUGAUGACAAGUAUUUACAUGGGGAGGGAGAUAGCAGUAUUAUUAAGAUGCAUGUAUUACUUAUUAGCUGGCAUAUACACAUUUACUUUCACAAAUUCAGUGUCCCAUUAAGUGUCAUGUUCUUGCAAUCUAUAGUCUCUGGAUUAUUUUAAUUUAUUUAAGACACAAGUUUAUUUUGUUUCUAAAAUUGCUACAGUUAUUCAAAUUUUCUAUAGUAGAUAAUAGAUAUAUCCAAUUUAUAUUGUAGUUCCUUCAUUUCCUAUGCAUCAUUCUCUGGGUUUCCAUGGUUCUGCCUGGUUAGAAAACAGUAGGGAAUUAUUAAUUGCAUUUUUAAAAUGUACUAUUAUCAUAAUAAAGCCACCAUUACUAUCUCAUUUUGUUAUCCAAGACUUUUGCAAACACUGGUAAAUAGAAUUAAUUCCUACUGUAUUUUAUGUUUUUAUUUUGUUUAUAUUUUCAGUAAGCCCUAGGGACUAUAGCACGCAUGCAUUUAACCUAUCAAAUGUUAUUCAGUUUUACUGAGAUUUUCCUCCAUGUUUAGUUUUGAAUGACCAAAUUGAACCUAUAAAGGUCUGGUAUUUUAUAUUAUUUUAAAUAGUUGUACUAGUUUCAUCCAAAUGUUGAGUAUGUGAUGAGAGCAAGAAAAUUAUGAAUACUGAAAAUAAUUCUAAUGUGGAAGGCAAUGUAGAAAAUUUUUCUACAAAUCAGCAUUUAUAGAAGUUGUGUUUGCUUUGUUUUGUUUCUUUCAAGAUAAGCCACAAGGACCAAGAAAAAAAAAAUACCAGUUCAAUUGCCAUGAUUUGAAGAUAACAUUCUUUUUUCCUUCACUGAUGUAGGCUUCAUAUUAAUAUUCAGAAGUUAUAUUCUGGUUACAUUUUUUAUUAAUAUAGAGUGUAUCUAUUUUAUCCCUUGUUGAGUUUGAAAAGAUAGUGAGUUUCCAGUCACUGAAGAAUUAAGCAAAUUUAAUUCAUCAACAUCAAAACAUUUCAGCUUCUCAAAAUAAAAAGAUAGUGUUAAAACUUUUUGCAUAUCUAAAAAGAAAAAUACUCCUUAAUGAAAUUGCUGUUAAAACAUAAACUUCAAUCAAAUACUUUUGUGUACAGAAAAUGUGUUUAGUAGGGAAAUAGGAAAAUAUAAAAUAUUGUUCUUAGAAAUAAUGGAGAAAUGCCAAAGAUGAAUCCUUCACUGAAGUAUGAAAAUAAUCAAGUAUUCUCUUGGACUUUGUUUAAAAUCCUUUAAGAUUUUAGAAUAUCUUUGUGAAAGUCUUUGAGAAAAAAGUGUUGAAUUUAUCUCAAAAACGCCACAUGAAGUAUCAGCUUUAACCUAAAGCAUUUUACGAUUUGAAAAAAAGAAAAGCUUGAAUUUCUCAGAUAUGUGAUAUGGUUCAAGGCAAUCUGUUAACACUUUUAAAAGGAAACAAUUUCCAAAACGGGACAGCUAAUGUCCUACUAGAAUUGGAAUUUAAAUAGCUUGUGUCUGAAAAACAGAAUGGCAGUGUUGGAAUUUGGGGACAAUAGCUUAGCAUAUUCUCUAGAAUAGUUAUACCUUUAAAAACAGGAAUUUAUGUCUUCUGUUGUGUUUUAGGGAGCUGUAUAUAUGUAAUAUUGAUGUCAGUGUAGUUUAUUUUAAAGGUAAGAAUGCAUUCUUAAAGGGGUUAUGCAUAACAAUUUUUCAUAAAAUGAACUUUUUUGUUGCACAUUUGGCUAGUGUUUUUUGAAGUAUAUAAUUUUUAAUAUACUAAGUGAUUAGAAUAUGUGAAUGAGUAAUUUAUUUUGUGUGAGCAGUGUGUUGGUACUAUGUUUUCACUCAAACCACUAACCCACAGGUAUUACUGUGUGUAACAUGUAGUGAACAUAACAAUUACUGUACAGAACAGAUUGUGCCUCUUAAAUCUGUAUAUAUAGGUAAUUCAUAUUGGAAUGUAAAUAAAUACCAUUUUGCAGUUUUUUUAAA